AUGCUUUAGUAAAUUGUGUCAUCACACCUAAGCCAGUUUUCCUGUAGUGUUUCAGACCAGCAGACCACAGUUUUUACCAAGCUAAAGUGACGAAGAUGAACCGGAGGAUGCUCUGUAUCACCCUCUUCAUUGCUGUACUGCCUUGUAUGGCUAAAGAGUUUCCCGCUCCAGUGAUAAAGCUGAACUCCUCUCCUCUGAAUGGAUCUGAGAUGGUCUGGUCAGCGAAGGAACCCUUGCGUCUGCUCUGUGAGGGACAGGAGGAGAUCAUGUGGAGGACACGACUCGCCCGACUGCAGAAACACGUCUCCCGAACGGUCCUCUCGGUCCCAGAGCCCAGCGCAGAGCACACGGGGACGUACCGCUGCAGUUACAAGAGUCAAACACACCUGUACUCAGAGAUACACAUAUAUGUUAAAGAUUCUGUCAAAGCCUUCACUAGCCCUCAAAACCCAGUGAUAGUUGAGAAAGAAGGCUCAAACCACUGGCUGGACUGCUUGGUGACGGACCCAGCGAGUACUGAGUUCUCCCUCAAGAUGGGGAACGGGUCAGACGUCCCGUCCAUGAUCAAUUAUACUGCGGAUCCCAAACGUGGCAUUCUGAUACAAAACCUUCAGCCUAGCUACGACGGAGAUUAUGUGUGUACUGUGAAGAUUAAUGGAGUCCAAAUGCAGUCUGAUGUCUUCAGAGUCACUGUCCUAGAAAAAGCGCAGCAGCCGCCGCCACUGUCACUUCCAGACCAUCAGUAUGUGCGAAUCGUUGGUGAAACGCUGCGUAUCCCUUGUUACCUCGAAAACCAAGAUCAUUCAUUCAACAUCACCUGGAGCUCAUCAGAAAAGGUACUGAAUCAUGAAACAAAGAAAGACAAAAGGUGUGACAUUUGCUUCACUUCCCUUUUGACUCUUCAUGAAGUCAACAUGUCUGACUCAGGGAAUCUAACCUGCACCGGGCAGAAUAAAGCUGGACAAAACAGCGUCACUGCAGUUCUUACAGUUGUAGAUAAACCUUACAUUAAACUUACUCCCAUCCUGUCCUCUGAACACAAGGUGAAUAGAACGGAUAUUGAGGUGAUGCAAGGGGAUAUUGUUAAACUUAGUGUGCAAAUUGAAGCAUAUCCAGAAGUUAAAUGGACACGCUGGAAAACUCCCGAAUCGAAUCACACCCACGAGGAAACAUUUCUCAGGAUACAUAAAAGUAACAGUUACUUGUCCACAAUCCUGCUGAGAAAAGUUGGAGUGCAAGAAUAUGGUCACUACAUCUUCACUGCCAGAAGUGCCAGUGUCAAUGCCUCAAUUAUUUUUACAGUUCAUGUCUACCAUAAGCCUAAUGCUGUAAUUAAGAGGGAAAAUGGAGUUACCACUUGUGAGGCGAUUGGUUAUCCCGUACCGAGGAUUCAGUGGUUCCAGUGUGAAGAUGCCAGAGCUAUGUGUAAAUACAACCAUACAUCCGCUGUGGAAUUAAAAUCCACCCAGUCCACUUUUGGGCACGGCCGAGGGCAUGGACCAGUGCUGGUGAAGAGUGUGUUACCAGUGACUAACGCAAACACUAAUUUAACCUUUGAGUGUGUGGCUACAAACAUUGCUGGAGAAGAUCGUGAUAGCUUCACCUUUACAAUUUCAUAUGUUCCUGGCAAUACAUCCGUGUGGUCGACUUCAGUGUUGAUCACUGUUGUUCUCUCUGGAGCCUUCACUGUGAUGAUCUUAUGGAUGUUGAUCCUUUUCUACAAACACAGAAAGGCACAGAAAUAUGAAAUCCAAUGGAAAAUCAUUGAAGUGAAUGAUGGGAACAAUUACACAUUCAUUGACCCCACCCAACUUCCAUACAACAACAAGCUGGAGUUUCCUCGAAAUAAGCUGAAGCUUGGACAAGUUCUAGGAGCAGGAGCUUUUGGGAAGGUGGUGCAAGCAACCGCUUUUGGGCUUGUCAAGGAUGAAACCGUUACACGAGUGGCAGUGAAAAUGCUCAAGCCCAGUGCUCGCUUUGAAGAAAAAGAAGCACUCAUGUCUGAGCUGAAGAUCUUAAAUUACAUCGGGCCGCAUGACAACAUCGUCAAUCUGCUGGGGGCGUGCACUCAGGAAGGACCGAUGCUGAUGAUCACAGAGUACUGCUGUCACGGGGACCUCCUCAACUUCUUACGUCAACGAGCAGAAACAUUUGCAAACACUUUUCUUGGUCUUCAAGGUUUCCCAGAGGAUUCAAACCUCUACAAGAAUGUGACCGUUCAAAAUAACCAUUCUGCAAGGUAUGUUCAUGUCAAGUCAACCUUUAUUUUUAUAGCACAUUUAAAAACAGCAGAAGUUGACCCAAAAACACUGGAGACGUUGGAGACCAUGGAGAUGAAGACGCUGGAGUGGAGACUGGAGAAUGGUCAUUGGAGAAUCAAGGAAAUCAAUAGCAGGCUGCAGGUGUCAUUGGGAUGGACAGGGUCAGAAACUGGAGCUCCCACUGGACUCUGGAGGAGGACGGAGACUGGACAUUCAGGCGCGGUGGCGGCCAUCUUGCACAAGGGCUCAGGCGCGGUGGCGGCCAUCUUGCACAAGGGCUCAGGCGCGGUGGCGGCCAUCCUGGACGAGGGCUCAGGAAUGGCGGUGGCCAUCUUGGACGAGGGCUCUGGCGCAGCGGCGGCCAUCUUGGGACGAGGCUCUGGAACGGUGGCGGCCAUCUUGGGACAAGACUCUGGAAUGGCGGCGGACGUCUUGGGACGAGACUCUGGAACGGCGGUGGCCAUCUUGGCACGAGGCUCUGGAAGGGCGGUCUCGGCAGAACGAGACUCUGGAAGGGGGGCGGCCAUCCUGGACGAGGGCUCAGGAAUGGCGGUGACCAUCUUGGACGAGGGCUCUGGCCCAGCGGCGGCCAUCUUGGGACGAGGCUCUGGAAUGGCGGCGGCCAUCUUGGGACGAGGCUCUGGAACGGCGGCGGCCAUCUUGGGACGAGACUCUGGAACGGCGGUGGCCAUCUUGGGACGAGACUCUGGAACGGCGGUGGCCAUCUUGGGACGAGACUCUGGAACGGCGGUCUCAGCAGAACAAGACUCUGGAAGGGCGGCGGGCAUGACGGAAAGGGAAUCCGAAUCUGCUCCUCCUAUGUGGAUCGUCCAGAGGAGACGGAGACACGGAGACGCGGAGACGCUGGAGACGCUGGAGACGCUGGAGACGCUGGAGACACGGAGACACGGAGACGCUGGAGACGCUGGAGACACGGAGACACGGAGACACGGAGACGCUGGAGACGCUGGAGACGCUGGAGACGCUGGAGACACGGAGACACGGAGACGCUGGAGACGCUGGAGACACGGAGACACGGAGACACGGAGACACGGAGACACGGAGACGCUGGAGACGCUGGAGACGCUGGAGACCAGAGGAGUUCCUCUUCGAAUGACGUGCAGGAUCACUUGUCAUGGCUCAGAGAGCUACAACGACGCACAAUCAACACGGAUGUCAAGAGACCUUUGUCAGGAAUCUUGCAAUGAAGGAGGGGAGGACGUGUGGUCAUUGGAUAGUAUUGAUUUGCUGAAGUUCUCCUAUCAAGUCGCACAGGGAAUGGAAUUCCUAGCCUCCAAAAAUUGUAUUCACAGAGAUUUGGCUGCACGGAACGUUCUUGUGUCUGACCGCAACAUUGUGAAGAUCUGUGAUUUUGGCCUUGCACGAGACAUCAUGAAUGACAUGAAUUAUGUAGUGAAGGGAAAUGCUCGGCUGCCAGUAAAAUGGAUGUCACCUGAAAGCAUUUUUGAAUGUCUUUACACAGUACAGAGUGAUGUCUGGUCAUAUGGUGUCCUUUUGUGGGAGAUCUUUUCCUUGGGUAUGAGUCCUUACCCUAAUGUUGUGAUUGAUGCACAAUUCUAUAAGAUGAUUAAAGAUGGUUAUCACAUGCCACAACCAGAUUUUGCCCCUCAUGAAAUGUACACGAUGAUGAAAACGUGCUGGAGCCUGGAACCAACUCUGCGUCCCACCUUUGCCAACAUCAGAGCAUUUAUUGCAAAUUUGCUGCCAAAGCAAUCCAGCCAGAACAAUGAAACGAUGUAUCCAGAGUUUCCGAGGCUCCCGACGGCGUCCCAUGUCGGCAGAGACGAGGCCCAGCCUUUAAUGAGGAACAGUUUGACCUAACAAAAUAUGCUUUAAUUUUUCAUGUCUGUAUUUAGAACUAGAGCUAACAAGACAAGUCCAAUUUCCAUAUACUGCAUGCUUUGUGUUUUGUUUUUACAUUUAUAACAAUGUAAUAUCAUGCUAUAUGAUUUUGUGAUUCUUUUA